AUGUUGCUUUUUGCACAUGACAUUAUAGUACCGACUUCUUUUAAUCCGAAUCCAAACAUUCCGGGACACAAUAGGAGGCUACGACGGGUGUUCAAGGGAGCAGUUGGUGCACUUGAUGGCACUUUGAUACAUGUUGUUGUCCCUGCAAACAAACGGGAUUUAUAUAGAAGUAGGGGAAAAGGCGAUUGUUACCAAAGCGUAUUGGCAAUAUGUGACUUCAACAUGAUGUUUACUUUUGGUUUGGCCAGUUGGUAUGGGAUAGCACACGAUUCUAGAAUUUUAUCAGAAGCAUUAGCAAAUCCACAUGCACCAUUCCCACUUCCACCAUCAGAUAAAUAUUAUCUUUGUGAUGCCGCCUAUGCAAACAUUCGAGGUUUUAUGGCACCGUACCAUAAUGUAAGGUAUUGGCUUGGAGAUUUUCGUCGAAGACGUGUAUUAACGAAUAAAAAAAAAUUUAACCAUGCACACGCAAAACUUCGAAAUGUCAUUGAGCGUGAUUUUGGUGUCUUGAAAGCACGAUUCCCUAUAUUGAAGAGGAUGGCACCAUUCUCGUUGGUUACACAACGAAACAUUACCCUAGCAUGUUUUGUGCUUCAUAAUUUUAUAAGAAGAGAGGGACUACGUGAUGAGUUUUUUGCACGAUAUGAUGAACCAAAUGUCUCGGUUCGGAAUAACUAUAACAUCCCGGAAUAG